ACCGGGGGCUUUUAACUCUUAACUCCAUUUAACCAGCUUGUGUGUGCGUGUGUGUGCUCUUCCUCGGUGCAUCGGCCAGAUGGAGGACUACCAUAAACCGGACCAGCAGACGGUGCAGGCGCUCAGGAACAUCGCCACCCGGCUCCGGAUCAACUCCAUCAAGGCGACGACUGCAGCGGGCAGCGGUCAUCCCACAUCAUGUUGCAGUGUGGCAGAGAUCAUGUCUGUGCUCUUCUUUCAUACCAUGAAGUACCGACCUGAGGAACCCCGUAACCCCAACAACGACCGCUUCAUCCUCUCCAAGGGUCAUGCAGCUCCUGUGUUGUACGCUGUGUGGGCAGAGACGGGCUACCUGAAGGAGAAUGAGCUCUUCAACCUCCGCAAGGUCGACUCCAUCCUGGAAGGACAUCCUGUGCCGAAGCAGCAGUUUGUAGAUGUGGCCACUGGAUCUCUGGGUCAGGGGCUGGGAGCUGCCUGUGGAAUGGCCUACACCGGAAAGUACUUUGACAAGGCCAGCUAUCGGGUGUUCUGCCUGCUGGGGGACGGAGAGCUGUCCGAGGGCUCGGUGUGGGAGGCCAUGGCUUUCGCCUCCUACUACCAGCUAGACAACCUGGUGGCUAUCUUGGACAUCAACCGACUGGGUCAGAGCGACCCGGCUCCGCUGCAGCACCACGUGGAGAAGUACCAGCGACGCUGCGAGGCCUUUGGAUGGCAUGCCGUCAUUGUAGACGGCCACAGUGUGGAGGAGUUGUGUAAGGUGCUGAGUCAGCCCCGCCACCAGCCGCUCGCCAUCAUCGCCAAGACCGUCAAGGGCAAGGGUAUCCCAGCGGCUGAGGAUAAGAUGGGCUGGCAUGGUAAACCCCUGCCCAAAGACAUGGCCGAGAGCGUGAUCAAGGAGCUGCAGAGCCGCGUCGUCAGCUGUAAUAAGCGCCUCUAUCCUUCCCCGCCCAAUGAGGACGCGUCACCUGUCAGCCUCCGCAACAUCCGCAUGCCAAGCGCACCCAGCUACAAACUUGGAGACAAGAUUGCUACGAGGAAGGCGUACGGCAUGGCUCUGGCCAAGCUGGGUCGUUACAACGAGCAUGUGGUGGCUCUGGAUGGAGACACCAAGAACUCCACCUUCUCCGAGCUCUUUAAGAACGAACACCCCAACCGCUACGUGGAGUGUUACAUUGCAGAGCAGAACAUGGUGAGCGUGGCGAUAGGCUGUGCCGUGCGGGACCGUAACGUGGUGUUUGCCAGCACCUUUGCCACGUUCUUCAGUCGGGCCUACGACCAGCUACGCAUGGCCUCCAUCUCUGAGAGCAACAUCAACCUCUGUGGCUCCCACUGCGGGGUCUCUAUUGGUGAAGACGGUCCCUCUCAGAUGGGUCUGGAGGAUCUGGCCAUAUUCAGAGCCCUUCCCACUGCAACUGUCUUCUACCCAAGUGACGGCGUCUCCACUGAGAAGGCUGUGGAGCUUGCCGCCAACACAAAGGGUUUGUGUUUCAUCCGAACAAGUCGCCCAGAGAACAAUAUCAUCUACAACUGCAACGAAGACUUCCAUGUUGGACAGGCUAAGGUUGUGUAUAAAACCAACGAUGAUCACGUGACUGUGGUUGGAGCAGGGGUGACCCUGCACGAGGCUCUGGCUGCUGCUGAGCAGCUGAAGAAAGAGAGAAUCAACAUCCGUGUGAUCGACCCUUUCACCAUCAAACCCCUGGACUCCAAGACCAUCACUGACAACGCCAGGGCAACCAGAGGACGCAUCAUCACAGUGGAGGACCACUACUAUGAAGGUGGCUUAGGUGAGGCAGUGUGCUCGGCGGUAGUGAACGAGACUGGCUUCACCGUCCACCGCCUGGCAGUUUCCCAGGUGCCACGCAGCGGUAAGCCCCAAGAGCUGCUCCGAGUCUUCGGCAUUGACCGUGACGCCAUCGCUCAGGCAGUCCGUAAGGUGCUCAGCAACUCCGCCAACGCCAAGUAAGAACACUGCGGCAGGGGCGGCAGCAGCAGCAACAACAUGGUAAAGGACUCCGUGGUAAACUGGUGAUUACCUAAAUAUACCAACACUGGAGGGGAAGCACUUGUGGCCCACUCACGCUCUCCUCCCCAUGAAACGAUCUAAAGCAUUUGUUUGAAAAAUAAAAAAAGACACCAUCGUUUUUCUCUUUAACUGUCAUCGAUGUGAUUUGACAACCCCACCCAAGAUUUUUGCCCCAUCAGGUUGUGAGAUCAGUAAACACACCUCUGCCCCUUCAUGCACACACACGCGCGCACAUACACACACAGACACACACACACACAUAUCCACACCCUCUAACCCUUCCUACCUCCCAGAGAAAGUUCUGGUACUGCUGUAUUGUGUCAGUAAAAGCAGUGAACGUGGUUUGGAGUAAAUUGAAGUCUUUUUUAUAAUUUCUGUGGAACCCCUCACACGUCUUCAGCGCAGGGUUUCCAACGUCUGCGCCCAGUACAACUUUGUAAAUCCCACCCAACUAGAGCCUGAAGGGUGUGGACAAACUCUGGUUUGGUCUAUUUGAGCACUGACUGUUUUUAACCCUUUUGACCCUGACUUGGAUGGGACUGC